AUGACGUCAGGUGUCCGCCAUGUUUGUAAUGUCACCAGUUGACAGUUUGGGAAGGUGACCCGAUCGCUGGUGGUAUAUUAAUACCUUCAGGGACUCAUUAGACCGUGACUACAAUAAUAAUGGUCCCCUGGAUACCCAGACUAUAGGAGAGCUGACCCACACGCCAUGAGAAGAUGUAAAAGUUCCAAGCGGCCGCAUCAGCAGGUGAGGGUGUACGUUUUGGCGAGCCAUCUGCUGAACGGGCCGAGCUUGAGCCGGGGAGGACAGCGGUCACGCCGACGGAGCAACCCCUCCCCCUCCCCGCCCGACAUGAGCGGCAAACAGACCCAGGAAGGGUCACGGCUCAGCUCCGUGCUACAGAGUCUAGAGCGGCAGAUCGUGACCAAGACUUACGACGUCGAGCAAGUCCGCUACCUGACCUCCAAGGUGCUCCACUUCGUCCAGACACAAGAGAAAGUGCGCAAGGACAUUAUGCAGCGAGGCUCCCAUGGCCUUGAAGUGCUUUUAGCAACACUCGAGAGGUCAACAGACACGAGCGUCUCCCAGAACGUGGUCGCCAUUCUGAGUGAGCUGGUCUGUAGUGAGCCUCGUAGAGCACUCUAUGGGAGCACCAAGCGAGCCAGUAUCCUAGCCACCUCGGGCGCGUGCCAGGUGUUGUUACGUGAGUUGGUGCGUACAGCACGCGAAUCUCCGGUGUGCGAGGAGCACCUACUCUCACUUCACAGUAUACUCGCCAAGAUAGGACAGAAGGACCGUAAGUUUGCGGUGAAAGCUCGCCUGUGCGGUACACUGUCUAUCACCCUGGGGCUGGUACGGAACCACCCCCAUAGCUCCAAAAUCCUGACCCCCACUAUGCAGGUGCUCAAGCUGUAUGCUGCCAAUGUCGUGAAUGCUUCUCUGUUGGGAAAGUCUGGUGCUGUUAGUAUUGUCUUCCGAGUCAUGACGGCCUGUGGCAAGAAAUACACCAGUAUACUCAAGUUAGCUCUGGAUACACUUGCACUCUUGAUGAAAUCAAAAACAAAUGGCGGCCGUGCGGUGGCACAAGGCGGGGUCCCGGUGCUACUUGGCAUGUUCUACGACUUGCACCGAUUAGAUGUCAGACACAGACAGACAAACGUCAAGAAGGCCAUCCUCACUGUACUGAAGAAUAUAACAAAUCUUAAAACUGGCCGCAGAGCCUUCAUCCAAGCUGAGGGAAUCCGUAUACUACAUACCACCUCCCAGGAAACUCUCAACUGUAAAGCCCUGGAGCCAGUGAUCAACCUCUCCAGUAUCAUCAUGCGGAAGUGCUUCCCCAAGCAGCAGCUCCCCCUACUGACUCUCAACAGCACCUACAAGUAUCACCUGCCUGGAUCUGGAGGGGAUACAGGGGAUGGACCACAGGGGAUACUGCCUCAGAUAUUAGAAGAAGACCUUGGUGAUGACAGUGAUGAUGAUGACAUCAGUAUAGGAGAGGAGGAAGCAGAACUGGCCAGACUGGAGGCACUGGAACAGGAGGAGAAGGAAGACGUGCUGCUGCCUGAGUCCAGACCUCCCAGCCAGGAGCGCGAGGAACGACCUCGCACAGCCGAGGAGAUCUUUGGUUACGAGAAGUUCUUCCCAGAACUCAGAGAGUUCAGACUUCCGUCUAGUCUCGGCCAUACUGCCCAUGACCGGCGGUGUAGCGAGCCCACCAGACCUCCCCCUCCCAUCUACAUCCCCACCGCUGGCACAGACUCCUCACACCUGGGGAUGAGAGAUCAUCAUGUGACCCAGUCUUGGUCCCAGGUUCCCCACAGUGCACAUGCCAAAAUAGACAAUGAAUGCAGUCUGCCAUCUAUACCCAAACAUGGCUUGACCGCGAAUAGAUACUCGGACCCUGACUUUGUGGCCCAUGAGCUGAACUCCAUACGACUUUCUGAUGAAGAAACUUUCCCUUCGAUGGACAGACGCAGUAUAGGAAGCAGUCACAGUAAUAGCACGAGCAGCGGGUUUUCUAGUGGCGGUGGUUCGCGAGAAAGCAGCUCGAGUGACUGGAGAGGCGGGAAAAGUGUGCGGGAAAACGUAGGUCCGUACCACGACGUGGAGCAAGGUUCAGACAGUGCCCACGGCUCGUUCUUCCUUCCGCACCUGACGGCCGCGUACAGUUCAGCAGCAGACGGUGAGAACUCCAGAGCGGGAUCUAGGACGAGUUACAGCGACAAGUCCAGUGCCUUUCAAAGCCACAUGCAAUACAACAGGAACGGGUUGGACUUCUUUGACUAUCCGAAGGUCUAUGCACGGUUUGCUCGGCGCGUGAGGAGCGUGGUGCCGUUCAACAAGCUGGCGUACCCUGACCUAGCAGGGCACGUGUCUCCCGAUUAUGCUGAACUGCAGACUAGCCGAGAGUUUGGGGUGCAGAGGAGAAGAGUGUUUGAGGACAUCGACAGACUCAUCCAUCCCAAAAAGAUCAUAAACAGGGUCAUUUAUGACUUGGACAAUGGAAUCGGCUGUGGGGGUGACAGUUCCAGAGAGGAAGGACAGGGGGCGUCGCUGCUAAUGGAAGACAACAGACCCAGUGCCUUUGCUGAUGAGGCGUGGACAGAUGUGCUGAGAUUUAACUCCCAGUUUGAGAGUGGAAAUCUUCGUAAAGCAGUGCAGAUACGGAAGUACGAGUACGACCUGAUCCUGAACUCUGACAUCAACACCAACCACCACCACCAGUGGUUCUACUUCGAGGUGAGCGGCAUGCGGGAAGACGUCUCCUACACCUUCAACAUCGUCAACUGUGAGAAGGCCAACUCUCAGUUCAACUUUGGUAUGCAGCCCGUGAUGUACUCCGUACUGGAGGCAGUUAACGGGCAGCCAGGCUGGGUCCGGGCAGGGAAGAACAUCUGUUACUACAAGAACCACUUCGCCAGGAGUGCCGCGGUGACAGGGGGUCAGAAGGGGAAGUCCUACUACACCUUCAGCUUCUCUGUCAAGUUUCCUCACAGGGACGACAUCUGCUACUUUGCAUACCACUACCCCUUUACAUACUCCACUAUGCUGACUAACCUGCAGAGACUGGAGUCUAGUGUGGAUUACAGCAGUAUCUACUACCGUCAGCAGACCCUGUGUGACAGCCUGGGGGGGAACCCCUGCCCUGUACUCACCAUCACAGCCAGGCCCGACAUCGGCAACAAGGAGUCAUUAAUGGAAUUCAACAAUCGACAGUACAUCUUCCUCAGUGCCAGGGUCCAUCCAGGAGAAAGCAACUCAAGUUGGGUCAUGAACGGUACCUUGGACUUCUUGUUAAGCGAUGAUGUUGUAGCUCGGCAGCUGAGAGAAACCUACAUCUUCAAGAUCAUCCCAAUGCUGAACCCAGAUGGUGUCAUCAAUGGAAGCCACCGUGUGUCUCUGAGUGGAGAUGACUUGAACCGCUGCUACCUGUACCCCUCCCCUGAGAUACAUCCUACCAUUUACCACACCAAGGGACUUCUACAGUAUCUCAAGCUCAUCGGCAAGCUGCCUUUGGUGUACUGUGACUAUCACGGCCACUCCAGGAAGAAGAACGUGUUCAUGUACGGGUGCAGCCAGGGCCAGGAUGAGAGUGAAGGGAAGGAGAAUCAGAACCCAGGACUGAUGGAGGAGGAAGACAAUGCCAUGACUGCCCUGCCCAGGAUCCUGGAUCACUUUGCCCAGCAGUUCUGCUGGCAGAACUGUAACUUUGCUGUGGAGAAGUCUAAGGAGGGCACAGGGAGGGUGGUGGUGUGGAGGAUGGGCGUGACCAGGAGCUACACUAUGGAGAGCACCUACUGUGGCUGUGACCAGGGCAGAUACAAGGGUCUUCAGAUCAGCACAGAGCAUUUAGAAGAGAUGGGGAGGAGAUUCUGUGAAGCCUUGCUGAAACUGCACCAGCCUGACAUCUACCGCCCAGCACCCCUCCCAACGGACACAAUGGACCUGUCCAUCUAUGGAUAUGCCUAUAAGAACAGUCGGCGGGACAAGUCAUCCCAGGCAGUGGGGGAGGCCAGGUUUGACUCAAGCACACCAAGCCAAGAAGAAGAAGAUCAGGAGGAGACUGAUGACCUGGAGGAACAUCUAGGUUGCCAUGGUAACUACAGUGAUGCGGAUGGUGAGGACACUGUGUAUGAUAAUCAGGAGGACUUCUUUGAUGUGAUGGAGCCGGAGGAGGAGGCCUUCACUACUGACAGACAGCCAAAACAGAGGAAUUCUGACUCCUGGAGAGAUGUACUUGUAUGAUUGAGAAGUCUACAUGAACAGGACAUAUCAGGUUGGGUUAUACAGAAAGGAUAGAUACAUAGAGAAGGGAGGAGGCAUUGGUAUACAUAGGGGGGCAGACAUAUCAUGACAAACACAAAGUACGGUAGAACUAAGGAACCCAUUGCAGAUAAGUGAAUUGCAGUGUGAACAGAAAACAAACAAAGCCACAUCCUCAAGAUCCGCAAUAUGUUUGAUAUGCAGGUCUGAAGUUAGGCAAGGUUUUAUCGGAGUGCAGUAGAAGAUAACGAGUAAACGGAUAGCAAUUACCCAUGGAUGGGUGCAUGUGUGUUUUAAAGCAAAUGUAUCUGGAAAUAUAAAGUCUUUUGUUUAUUGUAAGUAUACUCCACAAGGAAAAGAAUGGUUGAGAAAAGUAAAGUUAUUUGGGGAUGCACAUGGAUGUUUCUUGAAUGGCCAUGCAAUUGUUCAAAAUAUUGGUGUUAUUGGAUAUAUGUUUAUGUAUAUUUGUAAAAUUGGCUAGUACAAGUACAGAUACACUUUGUUACUUAUUGCUUACAAUGCAGCACGGCCAAUGUAGGGAUGUUUUUUCCUAAUUUUUUUAGAACCUUAUACAAAGAGACUGUACAAGUUAUGUUUUCUAAAUCUUUGUGUAGCUAUGUUAUAUAUAUUUUUUUUAUAGGGCAGGAUACUAGUGGUCUCAUUUUCUUUACAGUGUGUCACAUGGCAAGCUCGGAAAAGCAUUGUAUGUUGUGCUCGAUAUGUUUUUGGAGCUUUUUCAGUAGCUACAAAAUAUAUGCAGAAUGUUUAAACAUAUUACUCAAUAUGGUAAUCGCUGAAGGGUUGUGUCUACCACAAAAAUCUCAUGGCCAUUUUAUUUGGGCUGAUCACAAUGUGUCUGAGUUUGAAAAGUUUUACAUGGUUUUAAGAAAGUAUCAAAAGUCAGUCCACAAUAGUUUAAUGGAGUAAGAAUGAGAAGGAAGUUCAAAUAUUUCUUGUAAUUAUUAAAUUUUUUUUCUCAUGUCGAACAAACUGUAAGAGCCAUAUCACUUCUUAAGUUUGUACAUCUACAUGUCUUACUAUGCAAUGUACAGUGGUUGUGGCAUGGGUUCAAAGGCCUAUGAAAGCAUCUCAUGAAAGUCCUUAUUCCCCCUAGACUUACCUUUCACAUUACUUUACUGUUUUCUACAUCUUAAACUAUUUUUCCCCAUCAGCUACCUCAUGCAAAUUGCUUUCCCAUUUUAUAAGAAAUCUCCCCCUUGACUAAAUGCAACAUCUACAAUUCUACGGUCACUGCUUAAACUCAUAUUAACUAGAAACCUACUUCAAUUUAAGGUUGCCUAAAGAUGAAAUGGCCACUUGUACAGAGAUUUAGAGUGUAACAAGACUUCUUCUUGAUCCCUUUUAAUGCUUUAAUGUUUUCAAUUAAUCUAUCUUUGAGAAUAUUGUUCAGUUAGUCCUGUUAAUUUGAGUUUUGUAGACAAGCUCAUGAAAAGAAAACGUAGUAAGAUAAAAUGCAACUUAUAUUAUCUGACAUAUGUGCACCAAUAGCCAACUGAACUGUACAAUGAAAUAUGAAUUCAAACUAGCCAAACACUGUGUCAACAUAAUUGAUGCCAGUAACUUGUUGUUGAUAUCAUUGGUACAUACUACCCUGAUAUAUAUAAUGGAAUCUUUGGAAUUAAAUGAAAAUUAUAUCUAAA